AUGAAGGUGCAGGUGUGCAUUGCUCUUGUCCUCACCAUCGUGGCCACCACCUGCCUGUGCCGGCCCGCGCCGGAGGCACCGGGCACCGCCGGAGAGCCCCGCUGGCCACCCCCCAGCCUGGUCCGGAGGGACUGGCACACAUCCCUGUCCCAGGAGCAGAAGCACCUCAUCUCCCAGUUCCUGCCCCACAUCUUCACAGAGCUCGGCGACCACAAGGGCUAUGUGCAUGGGGACGAGGGGAUGGAGGCCCUGCACGACCACUUCUACCCAGACUGGAUGGACUUCGGUCGCCGCAGCGCCGAGGACGCGGGAGAUGCCGCAUAG